GGAGGUUUAAAAGCCGUUCUAUGGACCGACGUUCUUCAAGCAAUGCUCAUGUUCACAUGCGUGAUAGCUUUCUUCUCGGCUGGGCUUGUAGACACGGGCGGUGUUUUUAAGAUUUAUGAGCGUGCAAUUGAAGGAAAGAGAAUGAAUUUAUUUAAUUUCAGAUUGGAUUUUAUGACGAGGUACACAUUCUGGAACUGCUUGUUUAGGGGAUUUGUACACGGAUUAGGAAGUUACGGUACAGGACAAAUGGAAGUACAAAGAAUGCUGAGUUUGAAGACAAGUGACAAAGCCUCGAGAGCUCUACAGAUUAGUAUUUUACCGAUACUCCUUCUUCACGUGAUGUGCAACUCAGCUGGUCUCAUAUUGUAUUCUCUAUUUCAUUUUUGUGAUCCCAUACUAAACACGAAUCAAACAAAGCUUACAAAAUAUGAUCAAAUGGUGCCCUACUACAUUGUGAAUCGAUUCAGUUCUUAUCCUGGUCUCACUGGUCUGUGCAUCUCUGGAAUAUUCAGUGGGUCUCUCAGUACUGUUUCCUCCGCCUUGAACUCGCUAUCCACUGUCACUGUAGUAGACUAUAUCCAACCACUUUUUCCAGGAAUGACUGAAUCUAAAAAUGUUUUUCUGGCAAAACUUUUGUGUUUUCUGUACGGCAUAGUAGGUAUCGGAAUCACAUAUAUAUUUCUCAAUGUUCAGAGUCUAAAACAGUUUGUUACCUCCAUAACGGUGUUUGAAGGUUCGAUACUUGCUGUUUUCUUGAUUGGUAUUCUUACUCGAAAAGCUGAUGACAAUUGCAUAAUCUUUGGAACAGUUUUGAGUGUUCCCAUCAUUGCUUGGCUGUCAUUUGGAGCCUUAUUCAGUGGUUACAAAGAACCUCCUUUAGCUCUGAAUAAUCAUUUAUCAGCCAUUAAUUCAUCAAGUCAAAUGCCUAAUUUCACAACAAGAUGUAUUGAUGAAAGUACAAAUAUCCAGACAACCAUCCUUUUACCUACAUAUAAAAGUGAUAUCUUUGUUCUUUACAAAAUAUCUUUUCAAUGGCUUCCUGUGUUAAGUUUCUUCUGUACAUCUUUCAUGAUAUUCCUAAUGAUCAUCAUUACAGGAUGGAACAAAAAUGCUAUUAAUUUCAAUUCAAAGUGCCUCAGUCCAAUGACAAGAUUUUGGAUAAAAGAACAAAAGCAAACAGACGAGAGUUUUCUUCCAGCCAAUGACAUCGAUCUUCAGAAACAAAUUGUUUCUAAUCCAGAUCAUACAACUACUCUAUUACCAGACACUAUUUAAAAAAAUGCAUUUUUAAAGAAUUUACUUAUUGUUAAUUACAAUAUUUAUUUACUUGGACAAAUGAACGUUAAUUUUCCACCCAAAAUAAUGUUUUAGCAUAUUUAUGUACAUUCGUAUACUCUUCUCUUGUAGCACGUAUAUUUUGCACAAUCUCUGUAGAUUUUUCGUAGUAACUGCGGUGCACAGAACAUCUGCUCAUGCGCGAUACUACUUGAAAGUUCUUUCUGCGAAGAACCCUAGCUUAUUAAUAGAAAUGAAACCUCAGCCGUUUCAUGCAUUAAUAUAUGAGUACUUUAGACAAAUAAAAGAAGUCGCAUUA